CUUCCUCCGUGCCGAGGUAGAAGUUGCAUGUGUGAUUCACAACAUCCUCAGGUCGGCCAAGAUCCACAAAGAAUGGAAACCUCACUGUGGUACACAAGAGCACACAAGGGCAGGGUGCUGUCCUGUGGGAUGGAUGACGCCCAAGAGCAGGACCACUACGAGGAGCGCCUAAAAGAAGUUUUUAACAGUUUCGACACCAGUGGCUGCGGCUCUCUGUGCCCAGAGGAACUCUCUGACCUCUGCCAGUCGCUGCACCUGGAUGAUGCCACUCCAGCUCUUCUCAGUAUCCUGCUGCAGAACCAGGACCGCCUCACUGCCAGGGUUGACUUUGACCAAUUCAAGAAUGCACUGAUUCUGGUUUUGUCAUCAACCAUCGAGACGCCUCAAGCGGAACAGGACACCUUGCAAAAACCAGAGAGUCCAGAGAUCCAACCAAAGUUUGUGAAGGGCAGUAAACGUUACGGCCGCCGCUCCACGCCGGAGUUAAUAGAGCCUAUUUCUGACUUAUCCGAAGUUCCCGAUGCAAACCCAGCAGAGGGAGAGGAUCUGGAAGACAACUAUGACUCGGCUGUUCCCAGGAAGCGUGAGCGCUGGAAUGCUCUCGAGUUAAGCACAGAGGAGUAUGAGGCAGAAGGCCAGAUGCAUCUCUGGAACCCCGAUGAGCCGAGCACACCUCGAGGAUCCAUCGCUCCUCUAUCGGCCCGUUUAGAGGAGAGGUUGCGUGAAGCCUGUGAGGAACUGGCUAUAUCGUGGGACAGAUGUGCUAGUCACACUGAACUACUCGCUCUCUGUGAACAUCUGGGACUGGAGAUAAACUGGGACAUGCUCCUGAGUCUAACCGGUGAUGAAGGGAUGAACGUUCAGGAGUUUGUAUCCAGGGUUGUAAACCACAACAAACCCCCCACACCGUCCGCCUCCACACCCUACAGACAGCUGAAACGACAUCACUCCACUCAGCCCUUUGAUGAGGGAGGCCGUAGGAUUGCCACCCCCUGUGCUCUGACCAGCAGCAUUGGCAUGCGUCUCUUCUCCACCCUCGAUGAUGGGACCGGUUUCACUCCGGUUGAAUACCUCCUGGAUGCCUGGAUAGAUGAAGGCAUUGAAAACAGCACUGAGAUCCUGCAGGCUUUGAAUUUCAACCUAGAUGGCAAACUGAGUCUUAGUGAUCUCACCAUGGCACUUGAAAAUGAGCUGCUCGUUACUAAGAAUGGGAUUCACCAAGCAGCACUGGCGAGCUUCAGAGCUGAGAUCAGAUAUCUCCUAGAGCGUGUUGACAGGGAACUCAGGGAGAAAGAGAAAAUCCGAUCUGACCUGGAAAAAGCGGAGAAGUUGAAAACUCAGCUCGCCACUGAGGUGGACGAGCAUCACUCUGCCAUUGAGCACAUGAAUACCCUCAAGAUCAGGAAGCUUGAGCAGGACCACAAAGAGAAGCUAGCAGCGGUCCGAUCAGAGCUGAUGAAGGAGAUGGACCAGAUCCGGCAGCAGGCGGGCCUGCAGCGAGAGGAGCUGGAGGCAGAGAUCGAGAAGAUCAGAGAGGAUGAAUCUUUUCUCAGGGACCACCUCUCCAUAUCUGUGAAGGAAAACAGACGUCUUGAAGUGGAGCUGCUGGACAGCACGGAAAAACUAGUGGAGGCACAAAGUCAAAUUACAAAACUCCAAACAAGUAUGGACAGCAUAAUGAAAGAAAAGUUCGGAGACUUGGACCCCGGCAGUGCAGACUUCUUCCUCCAAGAGGAACGUAUCAAACAACUGCGCAGUGGCUAUGAAGCUCAGUGCAGGGAGCUGCAGGAUCGUAUUGAUGAGCUGCAGUCAGAGUUGCAGGAGUUCCACAGUCUUGGUCGAGUUCUUCAGCCCUGCCACAAACCUCUCUCUGAAGAGCUGGACAGUAAAAGCCCCGGCAUGGAGUCUGAUCCAGGCAUCGGUUCAGAGGAGGUUCAGCCAUUCAGCAUGAGCCUGGAGGCGGAGAUGAUGCUGGAGCAGCUGAAGGAGCAACAUCUACAGGAAAUGGAAGAACUGCGAAACCAACUGGAAAGCAAGAUCAAUGAAUUUGAUAAGAUGGUAGAAAAGCAGAGGGCGACCCAUGAUGGCCAGAAGGCUGCCUUAGCUCUCCAGUAUCAGCAGGAGGUCCAGGCUUUGAGGGAGGAGAUGGUCAGGGUUCAGAGCCAGGCACAGGAGCUCCAGAGCCAGCUAGAGCAGGCGGAGCUGGAGCGGACCUCCCUGGAGCAGAAGCAGGCCGAGGAGAGGGAAGAGCUCGAAAACCUGCAAGAGGAGGAAGUGGGAAACCUCAGACAACAGCUGCUGGAGGCCCACACUUACAACGCAGACCUGGAGGAGCAGCUGAAGACCCUCGAAGGCCAACAGGCUGAGAUGGAUGAAACCCUUCACACUGAGCUGGAGGAACUGAAAAAGCAACAUGCAGCUGAGAUGAACAAACUAGAGGAGGAGCAUGAAGGACUUUCUGAAGCCAGACUGGAAGAGGAGAGAACUAAACUGGAGGAAGAAAAGGCUGAGAUGGAGAAGAGGUUGUUAGAGGAUUGUGAAAGGGAGAAGGAACUGUUGCAGCAAAGCCAUGAGGCUGAACUGAAGGCUCAACUAGAGGAGGCAAAGCUGAGGUUCGAGGAGGAGCGGGAUGAGAUCGUGCAGGGACUUACAGAGCAGUGGCAGAAAGAGAGGGCUCAGCUGGAUGAGCAGAAUAAUGAGUCUCUGCAGGUGUUGCUGGAGGAAGAGAUGUUGAAACUUGUCAAGGAACAGGAAGAGAAGGAGAGCAAGCUCAGAGAGCAGUGGGAGAGUGAACAAGCUGAGCUUCAGGUGUGUCACGAGGACGCUCUACUUGAAAGAAUACUUCAAGAAAGAUCGCAGUUACAAGAGCAGUUUGAGCAGAGGGAGAAAAAGCUAAAGGGGGAGUGGGAGAGGGAGAGACUGCAGCUGGAGGAGGAUUAUGAAGGGAUGCUCCAGGAUAGGUUGAAUGAAGAGAGGGAGAAGCUUGAGGCUGAGAAAGAGGAGGUGGAGAAGAGACUAGAAAAUUUAAUGGCAGAGGAGAGGGCUCGUCUAGAGGAGAGUCACCGAGAGGCUGUGAAGGAGCUGACGGCAAAGCACACCGAGGAGAGGGACGCACUCAGCAGCUUGUUGGACAAACUCAGAGAUGACAUCGCUCAGGAGAGGUCUGAGGCCAGUCGUCUCGCUGAAGAAAACCUCGUCCUCAGGCAAAAGAUUGCUGCUUUGAAGGAAGAAGACUUGAAAGAGGCCCAGGAUGAGUUGAUACAAACGUUGGAGCACUUAAAAAAAGAGAAGAGCACGGCUCAGAAGGCAGCUGAAAAUUUCCGGAAACAGAUUUCAGAGCUGCGUCAGCAGAGUCAGCAGCUCGAUGAUGAGAAUGGGAUGCUGUCAGAGAAAAAUGCCCAAAAUAUUGCUGAUAUGGAGAAUCUACGCCAGCAGCUGGUAGAGCUGAUGAAGGAAAACGAGAGGAGGGAGGCGUUCCCCGCUGAAGAGAAAAACAAGCUGGCAGCCUGUGUGUCUGCUCUGGAGGCAGAGCUGACCAAAGCUCUGGAGGACACUGCACAGCUGGAGGAGAGGAAUAUCCAGCUGUCACAGCAGCUGCCUGGCCUCAGAGAGAAGGCGUUCAAGUUGGACUCGAUGGAGAAUCAGCUCAGCCAUCUGGUAGAGGAGAGGAGGAGUGUGGAUGUGGAGUCUCAGGGCCUCCGCAACCAGCUAACCAAAGCUCAGGAGAAGGUCAAGACAGUGGAUGAAACUCUUCAGGCUGUGAACCAUCAAAGUGCUCGUCUUAAGACGGACGUUCGUGUUUUGCAGAAGGAGAGGGAUUCCCUCAAACAGGAAGUUUCAGUCCUGAACAAACAGCUGCAGAAUGCCAACGAUAAAAACCAUGUUUUAGAGAUGGCCUUGCACUCGAGCGGUGUGCAGAAUCAGAGUAAGAAGCUGUACAGAGAUGAGAUGUCUCGGCUGAUCGAACAAGAGCAGCAGCUGCUGAGGCAGGAAAACGAGAGGCUUCAGGCAGAAAUGCACAACAUUGAAGGAGAUCUCGUGCAGUCCAGAGAGAAGGUCCGUCAGCUCGAUGCCACCAUCGUGUCCCUGAAGCAGCACAAACAACAGGAUCAGUCGUCCCUGGUGAAGGCCUUGGAGCAGGAGAACACCUCUCUGAAGCAGGAGCUCGAGGCACAAAAGGAACUGACCAAGGAUUGUGAAGCAGGACAAGGACACACACAGCUGGAGAGCCUUCAGCAAGAAAAUGAGGCGCUCAAGGCCCAAAUGGCUCGACUGUCUACACAACUGCUAGAGUCCUUUCAGGCUCAGUUGGUUGGACUUCUGCCUCCGUCACCUCACCGGAUGCCCAGAGGACAGCAUCGAGGUGAAGAUCCGGACAACAUGCAGGGCCCGAUGGCGGAGCAGCGGGCGGCUCACGCAGACAGCUACCGGCGGAUCGGUGGAUUGUAACACCAGCGCCUUUCCCUGCUCUCCACUUUCUGCUCUUUUACCUCCAAGACUGCUCUCUUCAUAUUCUGCUCUUCUUCUGCUUUGUUUUGGAGCAAAGAUCUGACUCUAGCACAUAAUGCCGCCCUUUCUGCAUCCUUAUAGGAGGUUGAACAAAUGUGGUGCCCGAUUUCAAAGGGCAUGAAUGUGUAAUUGUAUUUCCCUGCUGCUAGGUGGCAGGAAAACACAGAAAAGACUCCUGGUGUUUUCCCCAUGGGAUUAAAAAUGACAUUACCAUUGAAAAUUUAAAGUUCGUAAGACAUGCCGUACAAAAUGUAACAUCCAUAUCUACUGAUUACAAUGUGGCAUCUUGACAAACAUUCAUUUUUGGACUUUUUAAUUCUUGAUUACAGGGUGUAUUUUCUGGGAAUGUUCUGUUGUGCACUUGUACCAUUUACUAUUGUCUGAGACAGGGUAUAAAUAUAUAUUUCCUCAGAGGCUGAAUCUUGUUUGACAGUUUGCCUUAUGAUCAUCAAGGAGUGUUGACGUUGAGGCGAGGUUAGUGCCUGACAGCCUUCUGAGCCUUUUCUAACAAUCAAGCAUUUUCAACCUGUUACUGUCACUGUCUGUGUCCACUCAGCAUUUAUAGAGAUUUCUUAAUGAAGGUACCAAGUUUUCACUGUUUGUCUCUUCUUGUUUAUGUCUGUAUUUCGUAUUUGACACUACACCUAGCUGAAUGUUUCUUCAAGCUACCUGUCCACGUUAUGUUUGUGUCCCGGGUCUGUGUGUUGCUGUUUGUGUUGCUGCUGCACAACCAAAGUGAAUCACAACUUUCUGGGUUAUGUUUCAAACACAUCACACAACUAUUAACUUUGAAUGUUUAUCUGGUAUUUAUUAUUAGAAAUUCCACGUGAGCCAAAUCAUUGUUUUUUCCCAGUAGUGGGUUGUUAGUGUAAUGUGUCAUAUCUAUUAUUGUCAUAUCUGUGUUUUGGUUUUUGAGUCAUAUAGUGAGUCUUUUUUCUUUUUUUUUUUUGCACCAUGUAUAGACUCAAAUGUAUUUUAUUUGUUUUAUUUUAUUUAUUUUCAGUAGAAUCAUGUCAGGGUUUAUUUUAUUUAUGCAUUAAAUUAUUUUUUUGUAGAGGUAUCUGGAAUACAUGGCAUAAUUUUAUACCUAUUUAUAUUUUAUUUAUUUUUUCAGUGUGUUGUCCUCUCUUUAGAAAUGUACUAGAUCUCAUUUAAUGCAGAAAUCAAGAGAAAAUAAAGCACCUAGCUCACAAGAAUUUGGUCUGUAUGUUGUUUCUGACUGCACCAGCUCAAAGGCAAGAUAUUUGAAAUUCAUUCUAAUUUUCUUGCAUUUGAUGCAGCAGUUUGAUGAUAUCACUCAUU